AUGGCUGUCGCCCUCGGACAGGAUAUUAUCCAAUGUCAGUUGUGUCCAAACCCUGUGGAACACUACUGCAACCUUUGUCACGUAAACCUCUGCCUCUCGUGCAUACAAAAACACAUGGCCGACAAAUCAAGAAAACAUGAAGUCGUUGGAUACACAUCCAAAAACGAAAAAGCAUCUUUUCCGUCAUGCUCCACACACAACAGAAACAGGUGUGAGACAUACUGCCAAGAUUGUAAAAUACCAAUAUGCAUGCAGUGUGUGUUUGGUUCACAUAAAAAUCAUGACUUUACCAAUAUGAAUGAUUUUCUUCAAAAAUGUAAACAGCAAAUUGAAGCCGACACAGCAGAACUGGAAAAUACCAUUUUUCCAAAAUACAGAAACAACGAUAACUCAAUUUCCACCGCUGCAGAAUUUGACACACUUUUAUCUGACAUUGAUUACCAAAAAGAAAAAAUCUGCGAACUUGUGCAUAAUACAAGCAAUAAUCUAAUGGACAAGGUAGUUAAUAUGAAGAAGGAAGUAGUUUCGAAGAGCAGAAAAAACUGGUCUUUGAGAGAAAGCGCUGAAAAAGAACUCAAUCAAAUCAUUCAGAAUAACAAAGCUAUUCUUAAAAGGAAUGAUGCUUCAGCUAUUCUACAAUAUCAUUCAAAAAAUGGGCGUUUUCUAAAAGGUCCAAAAUUAACAGAAUUUUCUUGUCCACAUUUUCUUCCUGGUAUUAUCAAAGAAUACCAAAUAGUUGAACUUUUCAGUGGUUGUCAGACUCGCGAUAUCCUAAAGAAAAAACCUGAGAUGUUGAAAAUGAUGGAUGAUCCUUUAGUAGUAUUCAAACGCCAAACUAUUUAUGGAAAUGAUAAUGAGCUGUGGAGAAUAUGGUGUUCUGGUGUGGGUAAUUUGAUAAUAAGUGGAAAUGACGGCGCUAUCAGAGAAGUAGACAAAACAGGAUCCGAGCUGAAAAAAAUUUUGACACAUCACAAUGUGUGGGGUUUGUCAAUUAAUUUCCAAGAAAAGAUGGUGUUUUCUUUUAGUCCCUAUUCUUCCAAAAAUGUAGACAUUUAUUUAUUUGAUAAGGGCAAAAUAAAGAUAUUACUGAGCAUACCUCACUGGUAUCCUGUCGGUUUAUGUUAUACAGACAAUGAACAUCUCUUAGUGAGUAUGCGCUCAAAGGAUAAGACACAAAGUAUAGUGGCGAGAUACUCUGAGACAACGGAGAUUCAGAGGAUCCAGUAUGAUAAUCAGGGACAGCCUUUGUUUUCUACUGGUGUUUUAAAUGGACUUCAGCUUACUCAGAAUGGCAAUGGAGAUAUCUGUGUUGCUGAUUAUGCUGGAAAUGCAGUUGUUGCCGUUGACCCCUCUGGGGGAUUUCAUUUCAAGUAUAAAGGCGACGCAAAUCAGCAGUCGGAAAACAGAAAAUUCAAACCAUGUCACAUUGGUCAUGAUGUAAAUAAUCAAAUAUUGAUAAGUGAUAACUCAGAAAACAACAUUGUCCACAUUUUAGACUGCUUUGGAAACUUUGUCAGAUAUAUCGAAUAUCCAUGCGAUGGCGGACUAAGUAUUGAUACAAACCACAAUCUAGUCAUUGGAGACAGACGUAAGGGAGAAAUUAAUUUCAUCAAGUAUCUGGAGCGUUAG